GACAUGGAUGCUAAUACCUAUAUACACUUCUCAUGUGACCUUGGGCAGGUUACAUACCACCUCUGUACCUCAAUUUCCUCAGCUGCAAAGUGAGUCUCUUAAUAGGACCUACCAAGAACGUUUUGGGGGCAGAGGGAAAAACCUGUUAGGUCUUUGCUAUAAUAUUAAUAAUAUUGAUAAAAAUAAUAUAACUCCAUAUAGUGUGUUAUAUGAGUCCUUACUGCGAUUAUUGCUGUUAUGAUCUUUUCAAUAUACUUUCUUUCCUGAUCACAAGCUUGAAAACUAUGGUUUGAUAAACAAUGAAGUUACCAGAUUAUUAUUUUUGAAAGCAGAACUUGAUAAGGGUUGUCAUAAAAUAAAUUUCUGAAAUAAUUAAGUCAGAGGAAAUAAUGUGAUCUCUUUCAUCGUUUACAUGAUUCACUACAUUGAAGCAGUUCAACUGGAACUUUUACACUGUGGCUUUGUUUAUUGAUAAGGGCUAGCAUUGUGCUGUGUCAUCUUUAGUCAAAGAGGAGUGAGUAGGAUCAAUUUUCCAUAAAGGCAAAGGGAACGGAUUUCAAUGAAUCAAUUAAUAAAUACAACAUUUUUGCUUAACUUUUUACUAUGAAUAGACCAAAACUUAUUUAGAAAACAUUGCCUUCCAAUUAAAAAAUAAGUUUUCCAACAGCAGAAUGGAAUUUUAUGGACAUUACAUUUUCAAAAAUACUAUCAACUCAAUAACUUGUUUAAACUUCCCAAUGAAUGACUUCCCAAUGAAGUAUGCUAAGUAGUUUAUCAUCGUUACUCAUUUUUAGGACUGUAAAAAACAAACAUCUAUGUGUUAAAUAACUAAUAAAAAAUAUAGAGCAGGAAAUUAUCCGAGCUUUGAUUAAAGUCCAAGUUUUUAAACUAAUAAAACACAGAAAUUUUUCGCUACUAAAUACAUUCUAAUAAGAGUUUGUGAUUCUGACAGUAACAAUUUUUUUCUUCUUGUUAAUGCAUGCCUUAUUGUUCUUUGUGCAGAAGAAGAGCGCUAUAAAUGUAUUAGGAAAUCACAUCAGGAGUUGAUAUCCACUCUUAUUUUUACCUACAGAUCUGCAGAAUUCAGAGUUCAGUCAUGCCAAAUAAAACAACAAUUAGAGAAUUCAUUCUUCUGGGACUUACAGAUGACCCCGAGUUACAAGCUGUGAUAUUCUUUAUGUUGUUCACCUAUUUAUUAAGUGUAGGUGGAAACAUGACCAUCAUCAUGUUAACGCUAUCAAAUGUCUGUUUGAAGACUCCUAUGUAUUUCUUCCUCAGGAAUUUCUCUUUCUUAGAAAUUUCAUUCACUACGGUCUGUAUUCCUAGGUUUCUGAUCAGCAUUGCAACGGGAGACACAACCAUUUCCUAUAAUGCUUGCAUGACACAAGUAUUUUUUUUAAUCCUUCUGGGUUCCACGGAGUUUUUUCUUCUGGCUGUGAUGUCCUAUGACCGCUAUGUGGCUAUCUGCAAACCUCUACACUACACAACCAUCAUGAGUCACAAAGUCUGCCACCAGCUUGUCAUCAGCUCCUGGCUGGCUGGUUUCCUCAUUAUCUUUCCCCCAGUGACUAUGGGCCUCCAGCUGGAUUUCUGUGACUCCAACAUCAUUGACCAUUUCACUUGUGACUCUUCUCCUAUGCUACUGAUUGCUUGCACUGACACAAAGUUUCUAGAGCUGAUGGCAUUUUUCUUAGCAGUAUUCACACUCAUGGUAACUCUGGCCUUGGUGAUUCUCUCUUACACACUCAUCCUCAGAACAAUUCUCAAGAUCCCCUCUGGCCAGCAAAGGAAAAAGGCCUUUUCUACUUGUUCCUCCCAUAUGAUUGUGGUAUCCAUUUCUUAUGGGAGUUGCAUUUUUAUGUAUGUAAAAACAUCUGCAAAAGAAGGUGUCACUUUGAGCAAAGGGGUGGCAGUACUUAAUACCUCUGUUGCUCCCAUGCUGAAUCCCUUUAUUCAUACCUUAAAGAACCAGCAGGUAAGACAGGCCCUUAAGGACAUCACCCAAAAGAUGUUAUUAUCAAACAAGCAUUAAUCACUAUGAAAUCUACAGCUGAAAUCACAAAUUAACCACACAUAAAUACCAAUUACUGUUCUAGGUGGUAGGUAUACAGAAGGGGAUAAAGCAUACAGAAAAAAGUUCUUGCUAUUGUAGAGCUAGCUCACUUCUAGUGAGGGAUAGUACAUAUUAAGGUGUCAAUCUUACAGAAAAUUAAAUUACCUAGUAUUUUUAGAAAAUGCUAUGAACAAAACUGAAAUACUUUAAGGAAAGGAAGGUAGAAUUCACAUUAAAUAGGGUGGUCAACGAUUUCACAGGCAUUUUACAGCUCCGUUUUAAUUCCCUUUUUCUAUUUCCAAAAGUAUUUAUCUGUAUUAACUUUUUUCCCAAUAAUUUCCCCAGGUCCCUGUAUUCAUCUAUUUCACACUUGUCAAACACAGGGAAAUGUGAAGUGUGACUGAAGUAAACAUUGGUCUUAAAUUUCAAAAGACAAGUGGAAAGUUCUAGAUAGCCUGUUCAAACCCCACAUGAAAAUAAAUGGUGCAAAAUGAAGUUCACAACAACCUCCCACUAAGGAAUGAAAUAAAACCUAAAUUCAAGGCUUAGAAACCCGUGCUUUAGGAUUAUUUCUACCAAAGGACUCUGCCCCAUCCCUCCUCUUAUUUCCUUAUUCUAUUGAGUAAGAUAGUCAGAAUCUAUAAAGAGAAAAAUAGCUGAUAAAUAAUUAUCUCCCAGUGAUAAUGGGUUAUUCAGCCUGUCCAGGAUACUUUCCUCCAGCUCUGCUUCAUCAAAAAUAUUUAUCUACAUCUUCUCAGGUUACACAUUUUUUAUUAAACAGUAAAAUUAAAUUGUGAUAGACUGCAGCAGUUUGGGAGGGUGAUUUCUCCCAAUGGCUGAUACAAACAGAAAUUACUACUAAUUAUAAAUUAAUAAAACAAUUAAUGACUUAUUAUCAGGAAUGACUGCUUUUACCCUACAUGCAGUGAUUUUUUUUGACAUAUCACAUUAUCAGAAAGUUUUAGCAUUAAAUAGACAGAGGUGGAUAAUCAUAAAACCCAGUUCAUGAAAUUACUGAAAAUCAGUACAGAAUGUUUACACACCUAUUUAACACACAUAUAGGGAUAAGAGAACCCAAUUUCAUGGGUACUCAAAUAAGAAGGGAAAUUCAAAGACAAUUCACACACCUUUGCUCUUUUCAAAUGAUCAUGCUAUUUAAUUAGGAGGAAUGAAAAUAUAGUAAUUAGGAGUUCCCACUGUAGCUCAGCAGUAAGGAACCUGAAUAGUAUCCAUGAGGACACAGGUUCAAUCCCAGGCCUUGCUCAGUGGGUUAAGGAUCCAGCAUUGCCAU